GGUACUGCUCUAAUUUUAUUUUGCGUGGGUGGCAGUUUUAUGCUUCCGUAGAACUGUCCUCACCUUCAGAUAAGGUUCACAAAUAUGUUGCAAAGUGGUACCGAAAAGUUGUUUAAUUUUAAUAAAGUGUUUUGUUUUUAUAGUUAAAAAAUAAUUUUUGUGUUUUGCUAAAUAAAUAAAAGCAUCAUCAAGGAAAACAGGCGAGGACCAAAUACGUGGCCUUGAGAGACGCCACGUGGUACAGAUCAGACUCGGUAAAACUGAAAACACUUAAAGAUUCUGAAUUUUCCAGCCACACAGAGCACCGCUCCAGAAGAUCACCACAUGCUGAACACGGUCAGGGAGGAGCUGCAGCAGUGCCAGAGAGGGCAGGCUGACCUGAAGUGGACGCUACACUCUGCAACUCCAGACUCCAGGUGCCGUUUGUGUCCGCACACCUGGCUCUUGUGGAAGAGCCACUGCCACUUCUUCUCUGACGGACUGCAGGAUAACCGUCAGUGGAAUGAGAGCGCAGACUUCUGCCGGCAACACUACAGCAGCCUGGUUGUGAUCAAAGAUGCAGAGAUGCAUUUCAUCCAAGGAGUGAUGAGUAUGUUCCCUCGUUUUCCUUUCCUGUGGGUGGGACUGACAGACGUCCAGCAGGAGGGACGAUGGCUGUGGGAGGACGAGACUGAUAUCCAGCAUUACCUACCGCUGGCUGUGGAGUGGGACACUGACGACAGGGACUGUGCUGACCUGAGGGGAGGCUGGAGUCUGUUUGCUGCUGAGUGUGACGUCCACGGACCCUGGGCUUGUAAACGGGAGUCCUGAGACCCAUGGAUUAAUGUCAGACCCAAAAUAAAGCAUUAAAGUGUCAACAAAAAGUUCUAUAUAGCAACAUUUUUAUUCUGUACAUUUAUGAAAGUGCAGUAUAAAGUGCAUGAAUGAACAUAUUCACAUGUAAUAAAAUUUGUUUCUAGUCA